AUAGACAUAAACUGAGUCACGUGACCUUGCAUCACAUCAUACUAUCAUUUUAUAAAAAAUCAGAAAAUAUAUCUGUUCCAAACAUCUGAUAAUUUCCGUCUGUUCAUCACAGGAAGAUUGGAAUUAACAAUUCUUACAAAAAUGGUGGUUAUUGAUGAUAUUUUAAACGAGAAGGAUGCACUUUACAUAUUUGGAUAUGGUUCGUUGACAUGGAAACCUGACUUCGAAUAUGAUCACAAAAUUAUCGGGUAUAUCGAGGGCUACGAAAGAAGGUUUUGGCAAGCUAGCACAUAUCACAGAGGCACAGUUGAAAAACCAGGAAGAUGCUUGACACUAACAAAAGUAGACAAGGGCAUUUGUUGGGGAAUAAUAUAUGAGAUUCGAGGACCAUUAAAAAUCGCAAAAGCAUUAGAUUAUCUCAACGUUCGAGAACAAAAACUAGGCGGUUACGAAGUGUUUGUUGUUCCUGUGUAUCCAAAAGAAAAAGAGGAUGUAGACAAACAAAUCUACUCCGUUGUUUAUGUUGCUACAGCAGAUUGCACGGGCUUCCUUGGUGGUGGACCAAUCUCCGUACUUGCAAAUGACAUUGCUACAGCGAUAGGAAAGAUUGGUCAUAACAUUGAAUAUCUUUUUAGAUGUGUGGACUUUAUGAGAGAGAGUCUACCUGAUGUGGAGGAAGAGCACAUGUACGCCUUAGAUAAAGCAGUUCGCGAGAUAAUAGGACUUCCUACUGAUAACAUUUUGCCUUGGAAGCAGUUACUGUUGGAUUCCUCUUUUAGACGACUUGUAAAACCAGUGGAUUAUAAAGCUAAGUGGAAAGUUGCGAUUUCAGAGACAAUGAACAAAACACCAAGUAUUAACAGAUGGAUCGAACUUUUGAAAGAAAUUCAAAAAAUGAAGGAAGGAGGUGUCAGUCCAUUGGUGAAUGCCAAUCUUGGUGAAUCUGCUUUUCGGUAUUAAUGCGGUGUUAAUUUGUUAGUUAAAUUAAAAUUAUUGAAUUUAGAUAAGCAUGUUAUUAGAAGGGCAAACAUAUUUUACCAUCCACAAAAACAAUAAAAUAAAUCUUAGACAGAUGGAUAAAUUAGGGUCGAAGUUUUUUUAGAUUUAAGAAAUCAGUCCUGCCUUUUUAAAUGCAUGACCUCUUAAAAUCAAAGAAUCUUGUGUGCAAAGAUAUGAAAAGAGUAGUUUGGAUGUUUUUGAAGAGCCUGGGUAUAAACUAUCAAUUUAGAGUAGAAUUUUUAUAUUGUAUUUUAUACAAUUACAUUUGAAAAGGAUUUCAAAUUUAAAAAAUCUUGUAGAACUGCUUUAUAUAAUCUUUUCGAAAUAUUUGAUAAAACGUAUGUUAAAUCUGUUGUUGUUGUUAUUAUUUUUAUCAUGUGUUCUUUUUAUGUAUUUUACUAUAACAGGAUGUUUCGUAAAACAAUGUGGAAGUGAACUGUCUGUUCAAGCAUCUUUGUA